AUGGACGCCAAAGAAAUUGAAGCCAAGGCCAAGGCUUUGGGCAAGGCUUCGGGACAGGAAGAGUCAGCGACAGUGAUUCUCGGACUGCUCAAGGAAUUGCAAACAGGCAUCCGAGCCACGGAAGAUUUGCUUCGACGGACUAAAAUUGGUGUCGUUGUCAACCGGUUCAAGCAAAGCAAGGCUCCGGAGGUGGCCCGGCUGGCAAGUGAGAUUGUUUCGAAGUGGCGCAAUGAGGUCAACAAGCAAAAACAGGGUGGUGGAUCAGCAGCAAGUCGGGCUUCCAAUUCCCCAAGGCCACCACAGAAUGGCACUGGAUCAUCUACACCCGCCAGCGCUACCCCAUCUGAUAAGGCGUCGAAGUUGUCAGUGCCGCCAGACAAGCGCACCUGGAAGGCAGAUGGAGUGGACAUCAACGUUACAUCAAGCAAGGUGCGAGACAGCUGCACUGGGCUCAUGUACGAUGGACUUUGUCUGGGAACGACUGAGUCGCCCAAGACGGUUUUGGCAAAGGCAUGCGCUGUGGAAAAGGCAGCACACACCUACCUCGGACCCGAGGUCAAGCCGGAGUACAAGGAGAAAAUUCGCAGUCUAUUCCAGAACUUGAAGAACAAGUCAAACCCUAUGCUUCGAGUACGCGUGCUGAGUGGAGAAAUCUCACCGGAUAAAUUCGUGCGCAUGAGCAGUGAUGAGCUGCGAUCUGAACAGCAGCGUGAGGCCGACGAGGCCAUCAAGAAGAAGAACAUGAAUGAUGCCAUGGUUGCUCAGGGAGAGCGCAGUAUCAGUACCAGCUUGCAAUGCGGCAAGUGUGGUCAACGCAAGGUUACAUACACCGAAGCCCAGACCCGUGCUGCUGAUGAACCGAUGACACUAUUCUGCACGUGUGUGGUCUGCGGUAAAUCAUGGCGGCAGUGA